CAGGUUAGCAGUACUCUUCCAGUAGGUGGUAGGCGCGCUCCUUACUUAGCAUUCUACUCUAGCUUACUUGUUGAAUUACUUUCAUUAUAGACUUUUUCUGAAGUACUAUCUGGCGGGAAGACUUCCUGACUAUUCAACAUGUCAGCCAAAGACACAUUGAGGAGUAAUAAAAUACACAUUCAGACGAAUUUGUGUGGAGACUACGCGCUAAUUCUUGGCAAGAUUUAUGAGAAAAAACUAAUAACUGACCGUGAACACGUCAAACUUAAAAACAUCAACAAUCAAGAUGUAGAGGGGCACGUCAUUGCUCUUCUGGAUAAGAUCAUGGUCAAGGGAGAGGGCACCUGCAAAAAGUUCUUGGACCUCCUGCUGACUGACAAGGAUGUUGAAGAAACUUAUCCUGACUUGAAGGACAUACUGCUGAAAAACACCUCUCCUUCACCUGAGACUGCACAAGCUUGUCCACCUGGCAACAAUGAUGUCCCAUCAAAGAGCAAGAGGCCAAAGAAGGAGGAGAAGUACCAGUUGAAAAGCCAGCCUCUUGGCCUCUGUGUGAUCAUAAACAAUGAGAAUUUCAUGGAUUACACAAAGAGACGUGGAACUGACAAAGAUGCUCAACGUCUGGCAGAGGUGUUCAGCUGGCUGGGCUUCAAAGUGCUGAUGUGUAAAGACCAAACCCGGGACCAGAUGGAUCAGGCACUGAACUACUUUGCCUCUCUGAAUGAAAACUCUCAGCUGCAGGAAUUCAGUGUUAAGGAAUGGUUUGGUACCAAAUUCAUUGAUUCUCAGCAGGUUCCUAAGCAUGGAGAUGCCUUCAUCUGCUGUAUUCUGAGUCAUGGAGAAGAGGGUGUAGUCUGCGGGAUCGAUUGGAAGCCCCUCUCCAUUAAACAAAUAACUAGAACCUUCAAGGCAACUGAAGAGUCAGCCCUCAGAGGCAAGCCUAAAGUGUUCCUGAUCCAGGCCUGCCAAGGAGGGAAGGUACAGCGUGGAGUGCCAGACGAUCUGGAGGGUGAUGCUUCUCCUUCAUCAUCCAGCCCAGAAUAUGCUGAUGUUCUGGUUGCUAUUGCCACUGUUGAAGAUCAUAAAGCAUUUAGAGACCCAGUAGAUGGGAGCUGGUUCAUCCAGUCAUUGUGUCAGCAGCUAGAGGAGCGCUGUAAGAGCCAUGAAGACAUCGAAACCAUCCUCAGACAUGUGAAAUAUGAAGUGAGCCAGAAGGAGGGCUCCACUAAAUCUGGUGCAGUAAAGCAGAUGGCUGAAGUUAGGAACAAUACCCUGCUGAAGACACUUGUGUUGUCAGCACAUCUCCCCUGAAGCUCCAGAAAUCAUGCAAACACGGUAUACCUUAUGUCUUAAUUAAGCAUGUAUGACUCAGGUUUUCUUAAAUGAAUCUAUUAUUUUUAUCUGUCUUAAUUUUUUUAAAAUCACCUUUUAUACCUUUUAUAUUGUCAUAGAUUAGAGGGUAAGUCCUAAAUGCUGAAUCCUGGUGUCAUCUCAAAGUUUACCGUGUAUAGGGAAGAAAAAUACAAAACCUAAAACUCCUAAAGCAAUGUUUUUAACAUUUCUAUGGUUUUUAAAAGUUAUUCAACACAGCACAGCUUUAUGUAAAUGCACAAUGUAAAACAGAGAACAGCUGAUCAUUGUUUCUUGCACUCAAGUUUCAUUCUUGGUGUAACCAAUAAAACUAAAACUUUUUCCCAUAA